AUGGCUUCAGUGAGAUUGCUACUGAGGCCCUGCCGCGAUAUUGCAAGAAUUGGGGCGCAUAAGGCGCAUGUGCCGGGUGUCUGCAUCUCGAGCAGACAGCUAUCUUCGAAUGCCCAUGCCGAAGCAUCAAGCGCAGGAACGCCGCCCCGACGAAAACCCCUGACUCAAGAACAGCGUGACUUUCUGUCUUCAGCACUACGAGUUAAUCAAGCCGGAGAAUUGGCCGCCACCCGGAUCUACGCAGCCCAGACCCCGCUGAUUGUCAAUCGACACCCGCAUCUUCGACCGCUCAUGGCACACAUGUACGAUCAAGAAGAGGGCCACCUCAAUACGUUUAACUCCCUCAUCCACAAGCAUCGCGUUCGCCCAACUGUACUGUACCCUCUGUGGCAGCUCAUGUCGACUGGGCUGGGCUGGAGCACCGCAGUGAUGGGGCGAGAGGCGGCUAUGGCAUGCACAGAGGCGGUCGAGACGGAAAUUGGCGACCACUACAACAGUCAAAUCAGAACCCUGCUCGAGAUAGUCACAGAGUGGGAAGCCGAAGGCUACGAGGUCAGUCCCGAGUUUACCGAACUCAUCAAGACGCUGCGGCGAAUUCGCGACGAAGAACUGGAACACUUGGACCACGCUGUCGAGCAUGAUGCCAAGAAGGCAGAGCCGCACUGGCUGCUCACCGGCGUGAUCCGGGCGGGUUGCAGAGGCGCCAUUUGGGUGAGUGAAAAGGUAUAA